GUCACAGCGACAACCCUCCUCGUCUACUUCCAUCAUUCCGUUGAAUUCAAAUCUCCGCACUCUCCUUCAAAGCAACCCAGAUCAAGCGUCUUUGAAGCAGCAAUAGCCAGACUCGCGAGUACAGGCACUCUCUCUCACAAAAUCGAACACCGUCUCGCUCGAGGAGUCACCUGCUCGUUUACCCAUUUGCCACCGCCGUCCUUCGAUCCAUUCGCUCAGCCAGACGACACGUAGCCACAAUGCCAGCAAUGGACGUGGAUGCGCCUCAGUCGUCCAUCGACGAGGGCCUCUACUCUCGUCAGCUUUAUGUGCUGGGCCACGAUGCAAUGAAGCGCAUGGCCGUGUCCAAUGUCCUGGUCGUCGGUCUGCGAGGUUUAGGAGUCGAAGUAGCCAAGAACAUUUGCUUGGCAGGUGUCAAAUCCGUCACCUUGUUCGAUCCUCACACUGUCAACAUCGAGGAUUUGUCCACUCAAUUCUUUCUGAGGCCUGAAGAUGUGGGAAAGAAGAGCAGAGCUGAUGCUACCGCUCCGCGAUUAGCAGAGCUCAACACCUACGUGCCUGUACGGGUACUGGAGGAGCCUGCGCUCUCCAAAGACGCUCUGUCUAAAUUCCAAGCCGUGGUAGUGACGAACGAGUCUUUGGAAAAGCAGCUGGAGAUCAACGAUUGGACGCACGGCACCUCGACCCACUUCAUCGCUGCAGACGUGCGAGGCCUGUUCGGAUCCGUCUUCAACGACUUUGGACACAAAUUCCUCGUCAAUGAUCCCACCGGCGAGCAGCCCCUCAAUGGCAUGAUCGUAUCGAUCGACUCAGACUCGAAUGGUAUCGUGACCACGCUCGAUGAAACCAGGCAUGGACUCGAGGAUGGCGACUACGUCUCUUUCAGCGAGGUGCAGGGGAUGGAGGCCCUGAAUGCUGCUGAGCCGCGAAAGGUGACAGUGAAAGGACCAUACACCUUCUCCAUCGGCGACACCACUGGUAUGGGCGAGUACAAGCGCGGAGGUAUCUUUACUCAGGUCAAGCAGCCCAAGACGAUUGACUUCAAAUCUCUGCGCGAGAGUCUCAAGUCACCAGAACACCUCAUCUCUGAUUUUGCCAAGUUCGACAGACCGCCCAGUCUCCAUGCUGGCUGGCAAGCCCUAUCAGCGUUUUGGAAGUCUCAAGGCAGGCUACCAAAAGCACGCAGUGCCACUGAUGCUAACGCCGUCCUGGCGCUCGCCCAGGACAUCCACAAAGAAAGCGGCGAUGAGUCCGAGCUACAAGAAAAGGUAGUCAGGGAGCUCGCAUUGCAGGCAACAGGAGACCUUUCGCCGAUGGUCGCUUUCAUCGGUGGCUUCGUCGCGCAAGAAGCGCUCAAAGCUUGCUCAGGCAAAUUCCAUCCUCUCGUACAAUACCUUUAUGUCGACUCGCUCGAGUCCUUGCCGGCCAAGGUGCCGGAGCUGCCCGAGUCCGAAUUUGCACCGAGGAAUUCGAGAUACGAUGGACAGAUUGCCGUUUUUGGAUCCAGCUUCCAAGAGAAGCUAGCAAACGUCAGGCAAUUCCUGGUCGGCUCUGGUGCCAUUGGAUGCGAGAUGCUCAAGAACUGGAGCAUGAUGGGGCUGGGUUCCGGACCCGAGGGAGCAAUACACGUCACGGACAUGGACCAGAUCGAAAAGAGUAACCUCAACAGGCAAUUCUUGUUCCGACCCAAGGAUGUCGGGCACUUCAAGGCGGACACGGCUGCUGCUGCAGUAGCUGAGAUGAACACCGACCUCAAAGGCAAAAUUCACAGCCACCAGAACAGAGUUGGACCCGAGACCGAGGACGUAUACGGCGACGCUUUCUUCGCAUCGCUCACGGGCGUCACGAACGCGCUCGACAAUGUUCAAGCACGUCAGUAUAUGGACCGUCGAUGCGUUUACUACGAAAAGCCCCUGUUGGAAAGCGGCACGUUGGGCACAAAAGCGAACACUCAAGUUGUCUUGCCUCACCUCACUGAGAGCUACUCGAGUUCUCAAGAUCCGCCAGAGAAGUCAAUUCCUGUCUGCACGCUCAAGAACUUCCCCAAUGCCAUCGAACACACCAUUCAAUGGGCCCGCGAGCAGCUCGACGACUACUUCACCAAGCCAGCGGAGAAUGUCAAUCAGUAUUUGACGCAGCCUGACUAUGUAGAGACAAGCCUGAAGAGUGGUGGAUCACAGAAAGACCAAUUGGAGCAGAUCAGGACUUUCUUGGUGGAGGAAAAGCCUAUUUCUUUCGAGCAGUGCAUCGCUUGGGCAAGGCUGAAGUUUGAAGAGAAUUACAGCAACACAAUCAGGCAACUUCUGUUCUCUUUGCCCGAGGACGCGGUCACCUCAAGCGGUCAGCCUUUUUGGUCAGGUCCGAAGCGUGCUCCCAAGCCCAUCACCUUCGAUGUCAAGGACCCCAUCCACCUCGAGUAUAUUGUCGCGGCGGCCAACCUGCACGCUUUCAACUACGGUCUCAAAGGCUCAACGGACCCUCAGGUCUUUGCAGAGGUGUUGAGCAAGGUCCAAGUGCCCGAAUUUGUGCCCAAGAGUAACGUCAAGUUUCAAACGAACGAGAAAGAAGCUGCUCAGCCCGCUGAGCCUGCUGCCGCACCAGGCUCAGAAGGUGACUUGACAGAAAUUGCUAGCUCUCUGCCCACGCCUGCUAGCCUUGCUGGAUUCAGACUGCAGCCGGUCGAUUUUGAGAAGGACGAUGACUCGAACCAUCAUAUCGACUACAUCACUGCCGCGUCCAACCUGAGAGCUAUCAAUUAUGGCAUCCAACCUGCUGACAGACACAAAACUAAGGGCAUUGCUGGAAAGAUCAUUCCUGCUAUCGCGACUACGACCGCAAUGGCUACGGGUCUCGUCUGCUUGGAGCUGUACAAAAUCAUCGAUGGCAAGGAUGACAUUGAGCAGUACAAGAAUGCUUUCGUCAACAUCGCCCUCCCCUUCAUGGCGUUCUCUGAGCCCAUCGCUGCUCCGAAAUUCAAGUAUCCCAGUCCCGACGGAGAAGUUACAUGGACGCUGUGGUCCAGAUUCAAGGUGCCCGGCAACCCAACAUUGCAAGAGUUCUUGCGCCUGUUUGAGGAGAAGCAUGGCUUGGAGAUUACGAUGCUCUCUUCGGGUGUGUCCAUGCUUUUCUCUGGAUUCAUGCCGCCAAAGAAGAGGGAAGAGAGGCUUAAGAUGUCCAUGAAGGAGCUGGUGGAGAAUGUCAGCAAGAAGCCUGUGCCACCUCAUGCCCGCUGGUCCGUCUUUGAAGCGAUGACCGAUUCGGUCGUGACGCAGGACGACGUCGAGGUGCCCUUCAUCCAGGUUGAGCUUCAACCUGCUGCCUAGGCGCGCGGACACAUCGCUCGAAGCUAGGACUCCACAUGUAUGCCAUACGGGCCACGGAUGGGCAAAGAGAGCAAAGAAGUAGAAAUUUUGCGAACGGGUCGUGAUGCGUGAUUCGUGCGCUGGCGCUCUGAAGUCGGG